AUGCCUCAAACAGGCUUGACUCGAUUCAUCUUCUCGAACCCCAACUCGGUUUCGGACGAUAAGCCUAUUUUCAUUGACGCAGAGUCAGGAAAUGUCAUCAGUUUCGGACAGCUAAGAAAUCUGUCUCUCAGGCUCAAUGCUGGUCUCCGUCGACAUGGCUUCAAGAAAGGUGAUACUCUCUGCAUCUACUCCAGCAAUACGAUUGACUAUGGUGUGAUCGUUCAUGGCACUAUCGCCGCUGGAGGUGUAGUGACGACCGCCAACGCUGCAUAUACAGCCGACGAAUUGUUAUUCCAGUUACAGGAAUCCAACUCCAAAUACCUCGUUACGAAUGAUGAAAACUUGGACAAAGCACUGGAAGCUGCAACCAAGGCUGGGCUUUCACACAAGUGCGUGUUCCUGUUUGGUAAUAGAACCAUCAAGGGCGUUCGUCCAUAUACCCAAGUGAUCUUAGCAAAUGAGGAAGCUGAAGCUGAGGAAUACACUUUCGAAGAGGCCAAGUCCACCACAGCAUAUUUGUGCUUCUCCAGCGGUACCACUGGUCGAAGUAAAGGUGUCAUGUCUAGCCACCUUAAUAUUGCGGCCAACUGCGUUCAGAUUGCCCAGGCUAUGAAACCGCAUAUGGAUUAUCACACAGCUCGAUUUAUUGGAUUCUUGCCGUUUUACCAUAUCUAUGGGCUUAGUGUCAUGCUCCACUUGGCUCCAUACUGGGGUAUUCCCGUUGUGGUCAUGCCUCGAUUUGAUUUGGUCAAGUUCUGUGAGGCUAUACAAAAGUAUAAGGUGACAAUUGCUCAUGUUGUGCCACCCGUCCUGGUUCUGUUGGCUAAGGAACCUAUUGUCGACAACUAUGACCUUUCAUCUGCCACCCAUUUCCAAUGUGGUGCCGCCCCUUUGUCUGCUGAACUUUCCACGGCUGUCAAUACGCGGUUGAAUACCAAAUGUGUUCAAUCCUAUGGCAUGACGGAAUCAUCACCUGGGUCUCAUAUUCAACCGCUGGAUGAUGACGAGCAUGGCGUUAUUGGAAAAAUGCUUCCUGGUAUGCGUGCUAAAAUAGUCGAUGACAACGGUAACGAGGUUGGGCUCGGUCAGCGCGGAGAGCUCUGGAUGGCUGGUCCCAAUAUCAUGCAAGGCUAUCUCAACAUGCCUGAAGCUACAGCUGCUACAAUUGACAGCGAAGGCUACCUUCAUACCGGGGAUGUAGCUGUUCUAGACGAACGUGGCACUUUUGCUAUCGUUGAUAGAGUUAAGGAGCUUAUCAAAUACAAGGGCUUCCAGGUUGCUCCAGCAGAACUCGAAGCGCUGCUAUUAACAUGCGAGAAAGUAGCAGACUGCGCUGUCAUUGGUGUGUAUGACGAACAGCAGGCUACGGAACUGCCUAGAGCAUAUAUCAAAGUGACGGAAGGAACUCCUCGAAACGAAGCGACUAUAAAGGAAUUGAUUCGCUUUGUGGACAGUAAUGUGGCAAAUCAUAAAAAAUUGAGAGGAGGUGUCCGGUUCCUUGAUGUAGUGCCCAAGUCGGCAGCAGGCAAGAUCCUGCGUAAAGAGCUUAGGGUUAUUGCUAACGCUGAAGCACAGCCAAAGUUCAACGCAAGGUUAUAG